GUGACGUUUCAUUCACAUCCACCCAUUAAGAAGAAUCGGAUCCUCUGCAGCCCCGCAGCGCCUCACACCGCUGCUGUUUCCUCCCCUGUCAGUGCCGCUCAGACCCGGCCGAGUCCUCCCGAACGCCGCAGAUCCUCCGUCUGCCCUCCGUGCGUCCGUCCACACCGCUGCGGCCGCACGAGCUUGCUGAGCAGAAGAUGCAGAAGAGAAGGAAGCCAGAGCCGAUCCAGCUCAACCCGAUCCCCGAUGGGAACGCGAUCAACGGCACCGGAGCCACCGAAACAAACUUGGAGGCGCUGCAGAAAAAACUGGAGGAGCUGGAGCUGGACGAGCAGCAGCGAAAACGCCUGGAGGCCUUUCUGACACAGAAACAAAAGGUGGGAGAGCUUAAGGACGACGACUUUGAGAAGAUCUGUGAGCUCGGAGCGGGAAACGGGGGAGUCGUCUUCAAGGUCUCCCACCGGCCCUCUGGGCUGAUUAUGGCCAGGAAGCUGAUCCACUUGGAGAUCAAACCAGCCAUCAGGAACCAGAUCAUUAGAGAGCUGCAGGUGCUGCACGAGUGUAACUCCCCAUACAUCGUGGGCUUCUACGGGGCUUUCUACAGCGAUGGAGAAAUCAGCAUCUGCAUGGAGCAUAUGGACGGCGGCUCACUGGAUCAGUCACUCAAGAAAGCAGGAAAGAUCCCCGAGCAGAUCCUUGGCAAAGUCAGCAUCGCGGUCAUUAAGGGACUCUCCUACCUGAGAGAGAAACACAAGAUCAUGCACAGAGACGUCAAACCUUCUAACAUCCUGGUGAAUUCCCGCGGUGAGAUCAAGCUGUGUGACUUUGGAGUCAGCGGACAGCUGAUAGACUCCAUGGCCAACUCCUUCGUGGGGACUCGCUCCUACAUGUCGCCGGAGCGUUUGCAAGGCACCCACUACUCUGUUCAGUCAGACAUCUGGAGCAUGGGCCUGUCCCUGGUCGAAAUGGCCAUCGGGCGCUUCCCCAUCCCACCACCCGAUUCCAAGGAGCUGGAACAGAUCUUUGGCUUCCCGGUGGAAGGAGAGGCCGCCGCCAGCGAGUCCUCUCCGAAGCCCCGGCCCCCUGGGCGGCCCGGCAGCUCGUACGGCCCUGACAGCAGGCCUCCCAUGGCCAUAUUUGAGCUGCUUGAUUACAUUGUCAACGAGCCUCCACCAAAGCUUCCUGGAAUAUUUAGCCCGGAAUUCCAAGAUUUUGUGAAUAAAUGUUUGAUCAAGAAUCCUGCAGAAAGAGCAGACUUGAAGCAGUUGAUGGUGCACCAAUUUAUCAAGCAGUCUGAGGCGGAGGAAGUGGACUUUGCUGGCUGGUUGUGCAGCACCAUCGGACUCAGUCAGCCUGUCACACCGACCCACGGUACCACAAUGUGAGGCCUCAUCAGGUCUUCUAAUGACUUUGUAUCAUUAGUAAAAAUGUGUUUAUACAGAGUACGCUGUGUUUGAAGAUUUGUGCAAUCGAUAGAUAUAUUUAGAAUACAAAACCUACAUGCCAAGUGAAAAAAUAUGUAAAAUAAUUGUUUAGGCCCAUUUGCAGGCCUGCUUGAAAAGCCAUCUUUUUCUAAAGAUCAAAUAUUAAGUGAAGAUAAUGCUGCUCAACCUGUGUGCUUGAUACCCCCCCCAAAGUCUUUACAGUGCCAGAGUUUAAUCUUUGUAAGCUUGUGUGAAAAUAAAUCAAGU